UGAACGAGGCGCAGCAGCGUCAGAGGGAGAUUUGACGGCGGCUCCGUCACUCGCACCAAAGUUCUCUUUUCCGUCUUCGCCUUCUCUUCUCUUCCCCCCCCCUCCCCUUCCCCCCCCCCCUCUCCUCCAGCUCCCUUCUCCACGACUCAGCGCUCAUUCUUCCUUCGAUGGUUCCCCGAGUCCUCCUCCGUUUCAUUCGUUCCCAUUGAUUUCAUUCGCGCGCUCCCGUCCGGCGGCGGCGGCGGCGCGCUAACGUCGCUCCGUCAUUUAAGCGCCCGCGAGCCCAUCCGCGAAUUGGUGGAAAUCGCGCGCGAAUGCGAACAUUGAAUAGAAAUACAGACAGCGUAGAGAGACCGCGCGCGUGUGUGCAUCGUUAAUGCAAUUAAAUAUUGAAUAUUUUUUUAAAAAAUGAUAUAGACAUUAUUUCGAAUCGUUGCAAUUGAACGCGCGUAUAACGCACACCACACCACACGUGCGUUGAUGUUCAAUGGGCACGCGUAUGUGUAUAUAAUUUCACGGCCGGGCUAUAAUCCAGACGGAACACAUACAUAUAUAUGUGUGUGUGUGUGCACACGCGUCUCUAUGUGUAGUAUUAAUGUCGAGGCUUAGUGCCGCGUUAACUGCCGAGUCAGCAAAUCCGCUGCCUUAUAAUCAGCAGCAGCAGUAGUAGCAGGGAGUAUCAGUAGCAUCUGCAGCUGUGCUAUAAUCAUCAGCGGUAUCGGCAGCAGAAACGCCAGCUUUGUUAUUAUUAUCACCAUCAGCUGCAGCAGCUGCAGCAGCAGUAACCAUAUCUACAGCACCAUCAUCAUCAUCCCAAUCACAGGCAGCAGCAGCAGCAGGAAGAGCUGUAUCAUCAGCAGCGGGAUCAGAUGCACAAGCAGUAGCGUUCAACUGUGAUACCAUCACCGAUUACACGACCACAGCUACCACCAAACCACCACCAGCUACAUCAGCAUCAAUCAUCACCCUCGCCACCACGGGCUACAUCAACCACGAUCAUCAUCAUCAUCCUCACCCACUCUCACCAACACCUUAACCACGGCAUAAUCCUCACCACCAUCAAAUUCAACCUUUCACCACCACCCGUCACCAAAACCUCUCCACCCCGGCACCGUGGCGCUGUGAACGGCGACUUUCCUCCCCAUCCCUCCUCCUCCUCCUCAUCAUCAUUAUGGAGAGAAGAAUUCUCGAGUUCCACCAGGCUCAGUUCGGCCUGGGAUUGGCAGCGCUGCCCGGGUUCCGCUACCCGCUCACCCCUCACCCGGUCUUCGACGUGGCACCCCACCAGCUCGACACCACGCCGAGACCCGGCCCGGCACCCUUCACCAUCGAGGGCCUGCUCAGCGGGGGGUGUCCGGAGCCGCUCACCCCCGGCGCGGCAGCCUACCUGGCCGGAGACAGCUCGCUGCCACUCGCCGAGGCCUCCGAUCUGGAGAAGGAGAACCCGGGCUGUAAGCGGCGUCGAACCCGGACCAACUUCUCAGGCUGGCAACUCGAGGAGCUGGAGCGCGCGUUCACGGAGAGCCACUACCCGGACGUGUUCAUGCGCGAGGCUCUCGCCCUGCGCCUCGACCUCGUGGAGUCGCGGGUGCAGGUUUGGUUCCAGAACCGCCGCGCCAAGUGGCGCAAGAAGGAGAACACGAAGAAAGGUCCCGGCAGGCCGGCGCAUAACGCGCACCCGCUCACGUGCAGCGGCGAGCCCAUGGACCCGGCCGACAUCGCCCGCAGGGAACGCGAAAGGCUCGAGAGGAAGAAACGAAAGCUCGAGCGCAGGGGUCUGAAGGCGGCUGCCGCAGCGGCGGCGGCGGCGGCCGGAGGAGGCGGCGGCGGCGGCGUUGGUGGUGGCGGCUUAGGAGGAGUCGGCGGACUGAGACAAGGGCCGUUGUCCGUGUCCGGUGACGAGAGCGACUCCAGCUCGUCCAUGCAGGGUGGCUGUGGAGACAGUGGGAGUAGCGGUGGUGGCGGUGGUCCCGUGUCGUUCACGCACGCGUUCCUGCAGGGCGCUGUCAAGGUUGGUGGUGGUGGUGGUGGUGAUGAUGAGGGUUCGCUGAAGGUUGCGCGGGAUGAGGAGGUGGGUGGUGGUGGUGGUGGUGGUGGAUCGGCGGGUGGGAGCAGGGACUUAGGGUCUGGAGUUGUUGGAGGAACCGGGGGAGGUCGGGAAAGCGUGGGCGCUACGCAACCGUCCGAUCUACAACAUCAUCAUCACCAUCAGCAGCAACAUCAUCAGCUCCAUCAGCAACAUCACCAUCAGCAGCAGCAGCAGCAGGAACAACACCAACAACACCAGCUAAACAACCAUCACAACCACAACCAUCACAACCAUCACCUCCUCCACCAUAACCACCAUCACCACCACCACCAGCAACAACAACAACAGCAGCAGCAGCAGCAUCAACAUCCUCAUCAGCAGCAGCAGCAGCAUCAUCAUCAGCAGCAGGGGGAGUCUGACGACACGAAGACGACGCUCAGAGCGAACCCGUUCAGCGUGGAGAGUCUGCUGGCCGAUCGCCCCCCGCAACGCCGGCGUCGCGACUACGAGUCGCCGUGCAAGAUCGGCGGCGGUGGUGGCGGCGGUGGCGGUGGUGGCGGUGGGGGGGUCACCGUGAUUGGGGCGGGCGGCGGUGCCGGCUGCCCUCCUCGCCUCUCUUUCUUCCCGGUCACUCAGCCCCUCGGAUUCCUCAUUCAGCACCGAGCGUGCGGCAGCCGCAGCAGCAGCAGCGGCAGCGAGCGACGCGGGAACGACGCCAGGCACGUGCAGCGAUGCGAUGGUGGGGAUGACGAUGACGACGACGACGAUGACGACGACGACGACGACGACGAUGAUGACGAUGACGACGAUGGAAGCCACGAGGGCGGUGCUGUUGUUGAAUCACCGGCGGCUAAGACUGUAGCGGUGGCGCCAGCAGCUGACGAUGCGAAUGCUGCAGCGGUGGAUGAUAAUGAUGAUGUCGAAGGGGUGAAGUUGGGGAGAGACGCGGCUGCCGGUGAGGAUGAGAAGGAGAGAGCUGCCGGGGAGAUGAAUGGAGGAGACGCUUUGAAAUCCGCGGCCGCCGCCGUGACGGAGAGCGAGGUGGGAGUCAAGCAGCAGCAGCAGCAGCUUCAUCAGCAUCAUCAUCAGCAGCAGCAUCAGCAGCAGGCGCAGGAAGGUGAUGAUGAUGACGAUGAGUAAGGACACGAGAGCGGACUGAAGGAAGCGGG